AGACAUCAGUAUUGUAUUGAUAAACAGAUUUCAAUUAACAACUUGUAUGACAUUUGAAAAGCAGUAAAGUUUGUUUCAAAUACAGAUAAUUUUAGAUAGGAUUACCGUAUCAAAGCUAAAACAUGUCUCUAUUUGGAAGUUCUGGAUUUUCGUCAUUUGGGAAUACAUCCACAAGUACUGGAACUACUGGAAAUCAUAAUCCAAUGAAGGAUUUUGAAGUAGCAAGUCCUCCUGAAGAUAGUAUCAGUUGUUUGGAAUUCAGUCCUACGUCUAACAUACUAGUGGCUGGAUCAUGGGCUAAUGAUAUGAGGUGUUGGCAAGUACAAGAUAACGGACAAGCAGUUCCUAAAGUUCAACAAACACACCAAGGUCCAAUUUUAGAUGUUGCGUGGAAUGAUGAUGGAAGCAAAAUAUUCACUGCAUCUGCUGAUAAAACUGCAAAAAUGUAUGAUUUGGCGUCAAAUCAGUUUACUCAGGUUGCCCAGCAUGAUGCUCCUGUUAAAACCUGCCAUUGGAUAAAAGGAUCCAAUUACUCUUGCCUCAUGACUGGAAGCUGGGACAAGACAUUGAAAUUUUGGGAUACAAGGUCAGCAGCACCAAUAAAAACAAUGAAUUUACCAGAACGAGUUUACUGUGCUGAUGUUGUUUAUCCUAUGGCGAUGGUUAGCUGUGCCGAUAAGAAACUUAUUUGUUAUAAAUUGGAGAAUGGCCCAGAAGAAUAUCAGAAAGUUGAAUCACCUUUAAAAUAUCAACAUCGUUGCAUCAGCAUAUUUAAAGACAAAAAUCAAAGUCGCCCUGUUGGAUUUGCACUUGGCAGUAUCGAAGGUCGAGUCGCUAUUCACUACAUUCAACCAACCAAUCCACGAGACAAUUUCACAUUCAAAUGUCAUCGAUCAGCUAAUGCUUCAUCAUCUGUACCACAAGACAUUUAUGCAGUGAAUGGUAUAUCGUUCAAUCCAGUUUAUGGUACUCUUAGUACUGUAGGAUCAGACGGAAGAUACAGCUUCUGGGACAAAGAUGCCAGAACAAAAUUGAAAGGUUCUGAACAGCUUGAUCAACCUAUUUCCUGCUGUGCUAUUAAUAUGAAUGGUCAAAUAUUUGCAUAUGCAGCCAGUUAUGAUUGGUCGAAGGGUCACGAACAUUAUAACCCACAAAGCAAAUCAUAUAUAUUUUUGAGGAAUUGUGCAGACGAAAUGAAACCAAGAAAAGCGAAAUAAUAACAUAAUCAAGAUUAUAGCAGCAAUGACACGCUACCAUCCAAUUCGGUUGCCUUGACUUGAACUAACGUAUGUCAUUUGGUUUCAAACAAGACUGUUCAACUGAUUAUGCAUUUGAUAACAUACUUACUACUAUUUGGGUAAGUUAUAACAGUAGUGAAUCUAUGUAUAUUAGUAUGAUAAUUCGGUGCUCCAGAAGUAUGUGUACCAAUAUAGAGGUAACUAAUAUUGUUUGCCUAUUUUACAUGAAUUUGUGAAAAGAGACGCAAGCCGAUGGGCAGGGGGUAUAUUUACUCGGCUGACACAGACAAUACACGAACUCGUAAUAGAACUAAAAUAAGGAAAUAACCCCCGGGAUAAAUAUGUAAAUCCUAUCCUAUCCUAAAAUCUGAAUAAAAUUAUGGCCUAUACACAUACUAUGGGAGUACCGAUAAAUCUUGGGUAGAUUUUCUUAAUGAAGAUCAAAAUUAUGAUUGAAUAUGCGAUGUACGAUGAAGAGGAGCUUAUAAUUACUAUUAAAAAUGAUCGAUUAAAUUUUGCUGAUUUCAUAACAUGAUGGAAUUAGUAUGCCCUGAACUCUACGCAUCUGGAACAUUAAGUAUAAUCUAAUGAUCUGUCUGCCUAAAAGUAAGGCAGAAAUUGGCAAGGCUAUCAUUUUCGUUAACAUUUUGGUUUAUUACUUGCUUAUUGAUGACAAGGGACAACUGUUUACUUAUCUCAUUUUUAUGCCUGAUUUAACUAAUGAUAACAUUCCUAUUUGACAAAUCCUCGAUUGCGAUGCUUGUUUGAAAUGUAAAUUAAAUUUUUUUAUAUUGAAAGCUACUGUCUACUACACUUGUUUUUGCUUACUUUCGGUUUCGUAAAAUAGAUGUACCUUUAUAA